CCUCGCCACACGAUGAAACCCAUUCCCAGAUCCAUCUUAAAGUUCAUUGCAGCGGUCGAAAGACCCGAGGGGGUUGGUGCCAUGGUUAGAAGAGCCAUUGGGGUUCGCCAAAUGCGUACCUUCACCCCGUUCCUCCUCUUCGACCACUUCAAAGCCAGUUCGAGUGCAGGGUUCCCGGACCAUCCUCACAGGGGCCACGAAACCGUCACUUACCUCUUAACCGGGUCCUUGCAACACCACGACUUUGCAGGAGGAUCAGGGGUCUUGAACACAGGGGAUCUCCAGUUCAUGACCGCUGGGAGAGGCAUUAUGCACGCUGAGGUGCCCGUCGCUAGUGAGGAUGCAAAUGUCACGGGCUUGCAGCUUUGGGUGGACCUUCCGGAGCGGUUAAAAGAGGUGGAGCCUAGAUACAGGGACUUAAGGGCCCCCGAAAUCCCGAUUGUUACCCCCAAUGCAAAAGUCACGGUGAAAGUUAUCUCAGGAGAGGCGUACGGGGUUGCAUCCCACAAGGAGUUGGCGUACACGCCGGUGGAGUACUACGACUACGAGGUUCGACCAGGGGGCACAUUCGAGCAAAAGAUCCCAAAGAAUUUCAACGUCUUUGUAUACACGUUUGCAGGGAAGGACUUGCUCAUUAACCACCAGCACGUGCCUCUUUACGAGGCCGUGUUCUUCAGCCAAGAUGGUGAUGCAAUUGUGGGCGAGGUUCCGCCCACCAGCGUCGAAGUGUCGCGGUUUGUAAUUGUGGCGGGCGAGGCCUUGGACCAGCCGAUAAUCCAGGACGCCUCGGGGGUGUUUGUAGAAACAUCGAAGGAGCGGUUGAAGAAUGCAUUGAAAGAGUUCAAGACCGCCACUGGCGGGUUUGAAAGACGAAACCUGUGGACUUCUAAGGCGAAGUAGAUUAGAAAGGGCAUGGUUAUCUUUCUGAAUGAGUAAUUCGUGUUUAUAAGGAUGAUAUUAAGGGUUGCCAUAGUUUGUGUUGAACGGAAUGACUUCGGGGAUGGCGAAAUGCACCAGUGAGAGUUCUCUCACUAAAAGCUAGCUUCUGGCGUUCAGCAUAGCAUCGAAAUUCAAAGAAUGGGGUGUCUAUUCGAAUAGUAAUAUCAUUUUAAAUAAUAAUUCUUAAAAUAUGCACCUUUUCCC